AUGAAGGACGUAUUGUCCCGAGCCUGGGCUCAAGUAAGAUGGGAAGAAGAUGUUGCAAGUAGGGCCAAGACCUAUCCAAAGUACGAUUAUAAGUCCUCAAAUCCGACUAGGAAUGAUCGUGAUGAGCCAACUCAUCCCAAGUCCGCUAGGGAGACUAGCAACCCGAGCAGGGGCAGGUAUCAGCAUCGCCCUUUACCUAGAUCCGAAAGAAUGAUGGUAUCUACAUGGCCCGAUAUCUCCCAUCUUGCGAUAUCAAAGCCGGAGCUAAUCGGUGUCCAGCGACAAAUGGGUCCUCAAGUCAAAUGGCCCCCUAAGAUGAAGGUCUCGGAGACUAAUCAAAAUCCCAAGCGGUGGUGCGAGUUCCACAGUGACCAUGGUCACACUACGGAAGAUUGCAUAGCCCUGAAGAUGGAAGUCGCCGAGCUUCUCAAGAAAGGUUAUCUAAGGGAGUUCCUCUCAGAAAAAGCCAAGAACCUUCUAAAUAAGGAAGGUCCCGGUCUCCCUACCGAAGCAACUCCCGCCUUGCCACCACAGCAAGAGCGGGUGAUCCAUGUCAUCUCAGGCGGAUCGGAAGUAACGGAAUCAGUAGUGCCGCUGCCAAGAGAAGAGAAGGUCCUUGCUCCUCACCACGACACCCUUGUCAUUUCACUUCCCAUAGCAAACUGCUUGGUCAAGCGAAUACUAGUAAACAAUGGGAGCUCCAACAACAUUAUCUUCCAUUUGGCCUUCGCCGACCUAGGGUUGGAACUUACAUCCCUAACUAGAAAGGUGACUCCCCUUGUAGGCUUAAGUGGAGAGGUCAAGCAAACCUUAGGAGAAGUUCUUCUCCCCGUGUAUGCCGAGGGGAUAAUCCAGGCCACGAAAUUCCUAGUCGUCGAUUGCCCUUCAUCGUAUAAUGUGAUACUAGGAAUGCCUUGGAUCCACGACAUGGGAGCCGUACCUUCGACUUUGCAUCAGCUGGUCAAGUUUCCAACUCCCUGGGGCAUUAAGGCGGUCAAGGGAGAUCAGGAAAAUGCCAGGUCCUGCUAUCAGACUACCCUAAAGGGAAAGACCCAAGUCUUAUAG